AUGCCUCAACCACUCACCACCCUCCCUCCUCCACAAAAAUCCGAGAUAUCCCGCAUAUCCAUCUACCCCCACGAAAUGCUCUGUCUCCGCCGUCUCCUAAUCGACGAAGACAUCAUCACCCCCGACGGCGAAGACGCCAUCAACUUCACCUAUUUCAUCAAGUGGGAGCAUUGCUACGCCAAGUUCAAGGCUAUUUGUCCGGGGUACACAUUCAAGGAGGUUUACGAGCAUUUUUGUGGGAAUCCGGAGUUCUAUCGGCAGUGCAGGAGUGGAUAUCUGGAGGGGAUUGAGGGGGGGAUGAGAGGGUUGGGGAUGAAUGAGGAAGGAGAGGAAGGGAGGGAGGAGGGAAGGAGGAAGAUGAGGGCUGGGAAUUUGGUGGAGUGA